CCUCCGCAGCCCGCCUCCGCCUCCAGCUUUCUUGCUACUAGCUGAGCCGAGUGCAGCAGCUGUACUGGACCUCACUGGCCCACGGCGUCAUGAGCCACAACUUGGACGCUGCGCGGAGCUUCUUGGAGCAGUUGGAGGCGCGAGGCGGCAGGGAGAGGGCGAUCCUUGCUGGCGAGUUCAGCGACAUCCAGGCCUGCUCAGCCGCAUGGAAGACUGAACGUGUGUGCUCCACUGAGGCUGGCAGUCUGCCGGGAAAUGUGACGAAGAACCGCUACAAAGAUGUGCUGCCCUAUGAUCAGACACGAGUGAUCCUCUCCCUGCUCCAGGAGGAGGGACAUGGCGACUACAUCAAUGGCAACUUCAUCCGGGGCACAGACGGAAGCCAGGCCUACAUCGCCACACAAGGACCCCUGCCUCACACCUUGCUAGACUUCUGGCGCCUGGUCUGGGAGUUUGGAGUCAAGGUGAUCCUGAUGGCAUGUCAAGAAAUGGAGAAUGGGCGGAAAAAGUGUGAGCGUUACUGGGCCCAAGAACAGGAACCACUACAGAUUGGACUUUUCUGCAUCACCCUGACAAGGGAGACAUGGCUGAAUGCAGACAUCAUGCUCAGGACCCUCCAGAUUACUUUUCAGAAGGAAUGUCGUUCUGUGUACCAGCUGCAAUAUAUGUUCUGGCCAGACAGAGGAGUCCCUAGCAAUCCUAAACAUGUGCUCACCAUCGUGGAGGAAGCCUGUUGCCUCCAGGGAUGUGGACCCAGCCCCCUCUGUGUCCACUGCAGCGCAGGUUGUGGGCGAACAGGUGUCCUGUGCACUGUGGAUUAUGUGAGACAGUUGCUCCUCACCCAGAUGAUCCCACCUAACUUCAGCCUCUUCAACGUGGUCCUGGAGAUGAGAAAGCAGCGGCCCGCAGCUGUGCAGACAGAGGAGCAGUACAGGUUCCUAUACCACACAGUGGCUCAGAUGUUCUUCUCAGCAGUCCAAAACACCAGCCCUGUUUACCAGAAUUUCAAGGAGAAUUGUGCCCCAAUCUACGACGAUGCCCUCUCCUUCCAGACUUUCCAGACCCUUCCCACCACACCGCGCCCACCUGGCAAGGUCCUCAGAAGCAUCUCGGUGUCUGGGCCCCCGGCCCUCGCCAUGGCCGACACGUACGCGGUGGUGCAGAAGCGCGGGGCGCCCGCGGGCACCGGGGCGGGGGCGCGAGGGCGCGGCGCGGAGGAGGCGCCGCUCUACAGCCAGGUGACGCCGCGCGCCCGGCGGCCGCAGGCGCACGCGGAGGACGCGCGUGGGUUGCUGCCCGGCCGCGUUCCUGCUGACCAAAGCCCUGCUGGGCCUGACGCCUAUGAGGAUGUGGUGGAUGGAGCUCAGAAUGGUGGGCUAGGCUUCAACCUGCGCAUUGGAAGGCCUAAAGGGCCCCGGGACCCCCCUGCUGAGUGGACCCACGUGUGAACGCUGCACCCUGCCUGCCUGCUGCCUCACAUGGGCACCUGGACUGCUGACGGCCAUUCUCUGCUAUGUGAAGUGUUGGAAAUGGGAAUGCUGGUCCUGGAUCAAAAUAAAAGUUUCUCAGGGUGGAAA